AAAGAGAUAGUGAGAGGAAGCCGAGAGAAAUCCCAAAAGAGUUUGAGUUAAGUUCCAAGUUUUGAAAGAGUUAUUCUGUUAUAACGACUCUCCAUCUGUUUCGCUUCUGUAAGUCAGCUACCAUCGAAUUCUUCUAAACUUAGAAUAUUAUGUUUAUUCAGCAAUGACAACUUCUACGUAGGCGUUUCCCAUUUCUCAUUCAUCACCUUCCUUCAUCUCCUCGCCUCACUGAACAAAUUUCAUCUCCACAUAUGUAAAGUGGCCUUUGGUUUUCGAUUACAAAGGCUCCAUCCACGCUGUCCAUGAAAGCGAAGCUCUGUUAACAACAAUUCAUGGAGAUCAUUCCUUACAAGCCUUACAUCGAUCCCGAGUUUGAAUCACUCAUCGAAAGAAUCUACCCUCCAAGGGUUUGUAUCGAUAACGACGCUUACCCAGACUGCACUCUUGUAAAGGUCGAUAGUGCAAACAAGCACGGGAUAUUGCUGGAGAUGGUUCAAGUCUUGACAGAUCUUGACCUGGUUAUAUCAAAAUCAUACAUUUCCUCUGAUGGUGGAUGGUUCAUGGAUGUGUUCCACGUCACAGACCAGCUCGCCAACAAAAUAACUGAUGAAACUCUUAUUCUUUACAUUCAGCAGGCGCUAUGUACUAAUAGAAGAGGAGGGAUUGCAAAGGAAGUACAAACCCAUCUCAAAAGAGACGUGAGGCCACGGCAUGUUUCAGCUGAAAACACAGCCUUAGAGGUGACUGGGACGGACCGACCGGGUCUAAUGUCCGAAAUAUCAGCAGUGCUUCAUGAGUUAGGGUGCCACGUCCCUGCUGCCGUGGCAUGGACUCACAACACCAGAUCAGCAUGCAUAUUCUACAUAGAAGAUGGAUUAGACAGUGGCCCAAUCACAGACCCAGAUAGGCUAGCCCAUUUGGAAGAGCAGCUAGAGAUUGUAGUUGCUGCCCAUCAUAGGGAAGGGGAGAAGAGAAGUGCUAGGUUAACCACCCCGGUCGUGGGUCGGACCCACACCGAAAGGCGGCUCCACCAGCUGAUGUAUGCUGACGAGGAUUACGACCAGUGUCAGGGAUGCGAGAACGGUGUUGGACACUGGAAAGGGUGUAUUAGGACACAUGUAUUUAUAGAAGGUUGCAAGGAGAAAGGGUACUCAGUAGUUAAUGUGAGAAGUUUAGAUAGGCCGAAGUUGUUGUUUGAUACUGUAUGUGUUCUAACUGACCUCCAGUAUGUAGUAUUCCAUGCCGCUGUUAGCUCAAAGGGCUCCUUUGCUGAUCAGGAGUAUUUUAUAAGGCACAAGGAUGGCUGCACUUUGGAUAAAGAAAGCGAGAGGAAAAAACUAACACAAUGCUUGAUAGCUGCAGUCGAAAGGAGAGUUUCGCAUGGUUUGAGGCUGGACAUUAGCACAAAGAACCGAAUGGGACUGCUCUCAGACAUCACUCGAGUGUUUCGCGAGAACGGUCUCUCAGUAUCGAGAUCUGAGAUAGGCACAAAUGGAGAUAGAGCAACUGGGUCUUUCUAUGUUACGGAUGCUUCAGGGCAUGAGGUAGAUGCACCUACAAUUGAAUUAGUGAGACAAGAGAUAGGGGGAUCUGUAUUGGUGGUAAACAAAUCCUCUAGUUGGAGUUCAAAAGCUUCUUUUCCAGAUCUCAACAGAGCCGGCGGCGGAAACAGUAAGUUAGAGAAUAGGGCAAGACUCUCCCUAGGAAGCUUGUUGUGGUCUCACCUAGGGCGCAUUUCAAGCAACUUCGGCCCCCUUAGAUCCUGAAGAGUUCCUAAGUUGGGACUGGUUUAUAUUGUGCUUAUGUGUGACUCUAGAUUAGUCUGUAUGUAAGCUUAGUUUAAGCGUCCUAACUAGUUAGUAUUCGUUGUAAUGAAUGGAUCUACAUAACAUGCUUUUCUCGA